AUUGCUUUUUCCAUUUGAGUUUUCUGAAGUGCUGUAUCAUAGCUAUGAGAUUGCUGUUUGUGUCUUAAGAUUUACCCAUCUUUGACAAAAGCCAUAAUCUAGCAUUGGUUUAUGUUUCCAGGAAUCUUUCAGACUUUUGGAGACCUGCUUCAGUUGGAGAACUUUACUCUGUAAACUAACACUACAAAAUAGUUUUUCUCCCUUUCUGGCUAUUUAUAUAUUCUUACUGUCACCAAGACCUUGCAAUUCCUUUUGAAAAAGCAGUCAUCUUUCCUGAAGUAUCAAAGCUAUUCUCGUAAGAGCUACACCCUUCUUGUGAUUAAAAUGCAUUCCUAGCCACCUUGACAACAAUAGGGAAAAACCUUGAAUCCACGAAAGCCAAGAAUUCAUCUCCAUUUGGGAUUAAGACUUAAUUCUGUGGUCAGGCAUCCCAGAAAUAACAGCCACACAAACGUCAAGUACUGCAGUCUGAAACCAACAUUACCCAGGCUGCAUCGUGCACUUCUUCACUUUAGAAUGCAUAAAAAGAAAGAGUGAAGCAAGGAUACUUAUUUAUUUAUUUAGAUUUUAUUUUACAUCUUAGGAAAAAAGAUACUGGCUCCAAUGCAAUUAAUAUUCUCAUAUGGCCAUUACAGUUAGUACAUCAGGUUAAAAGAACAAAGGAACUGAAGAAAUAAAAGUAAUUCAUGAUGCUUACUAUAAAAUCCUGAAAUUCUUUGGGAUCCUAAGGCGGCCAUAACCUAGUUUGUUAACAUACACGCAGCACUCGAUAUGCCUCUCGCUUUAAGCAGGAAGAUUUCCAAUAUCAGUAACCAUGGAGCUGGACCCUAGCAAAGGCAAAACCUGCAAUUACAAAGUGAAGGGAGUAAAUGCAAGUUAAGUAGGAAAAAGUAAACUUUGUCCAAAUUGAUCAAGUAAGAUGGAUGCAGUUUUCGCGUUAGAUUUGAAUAUGUGAUUUUAAGUCAGUAUGAUAAACGCUAGUGCAUUUUUCAUCAUAAUAAUUACAGGAAUAUUAACGAACAGAACUUGCCAAAACCUCGAGUACGAGUCGGAAGCGGCGUAACCCAGCAGGCCGCGAGACCGCCCAGCCGCCAAGUCUCGGCCGUGGGGAAGCGCCGACUCGCCCGUGCCCGGCCGCCUCUGCAGGGGCCGCCGCUCCGAGCGGCGCCGGGCAGCAGGAGCGCGGCGGCGGGGAGUGAUGACGUGCGGAUGCACCGGAAGCCGCCUGAUCGUGAGAGCGGAGGGUCCGGGAGCGCCUUCUCUCCGGUGCCGGCGGUUCGCCCGGCGCGGGCUCGGCCCAGCCCUGCCCUCCCUUCAGCGCCGCGUGGUUGUGAGGCCCUGGUCUCGUCUUGAGGGUGACCCUUCUGUCGUGGGUGCCUGCAGACUGUGGCGUGGGCUGCGGAAGUGCUGAGAGCCGGUCCUGCCGUGGGAACGAUGGCCGCAGGGAAGCACCCGGCCGUGCUGGGCUCCAGGAGUCCGCGCAAGCCGUGGCGACUGCCCGCCGACGGACACCCCGCGCCGGGCUGCUACCUGAGGUAAAUUUUUCCAUAACCUUAUGGAGAAAAAGGACUUUGAAGCAUGGCUUGAUAACAUUUCUAUUGCAUUUCUUUCUCUGACGGACUUGCAGAAAAAUGAAACUCUGGAUCACCUGAUUAGCUUGAGUGGAGCAGUCCAGCUCAGGCACCUCUCCAAUAAUCUAGAGAUUCUCCUCAAGAGGGACUUCCUCAAACUUCUUCCAUUGGAACUUAGUUUUUAUCUGUUAAAAUGGCUUGAUCCGCAGACCUUACUCACAUGUUGCCUCGUCUCUAAGCAGUGGAACAAGGUUAUAAGUGCCUGUACAGAGGUGUGGCAGACUGCAUGUAAGAAUUUGGGUUGGCAGAUAGAUGACUCUGUUCAGGAUCCUCUACAUUGGAAGAAGGUUUACCUAAAAGCUAUUUUAAGGAUGAAGCAACUGAAGGACCAUGAAGCCUUUGAGACAUCCUCUUUAAUUGGACACAGUGCCAGAGUAUAUGCACUUUACUAUAAAGAUGGACUUCUGUGUACAGGAUCAGAUGACUUGUCUGCAAAACUGUGGGAUGUAAGCACAGGUCAGUGCAUAUAUGGUAUCCAGACACACACUUGUGCUGCAGUGAAGUUUGAUGAACAAAAACUUGUAACAGGAUCUUUCGAUAAUACAGUAGCCUGUUGGGAAUGGAGCUCUGGGGCAAAGACGCAGCAUUUUAGAGGACAUACUGGUGCAGUUUUUAGUGUGGAUUACAAUGAUGAACUUGAUAUUCUGGUCAGUGGCUCUGCAGACUUCACUGUGAAAGUGUGGGCCUUAUCAACAGGAACGUGCCUGAAUACCCUUACUGGACACACAGAAUGGGUCACUAAGGUCGUUUUGCAGAAGUGCAAAGUCAAAUCUCUUAUGCAUAGUCCUGGGGAUUAUAUUCUCCUAAGUGCAGAUAAGUAUGAAAUCAAGAUUUGGCCUAUUGGGAGGGAAAUAAACUGCAAGUGCUUAAGAACAUUGUCUGUUUCUGAAGACCGCAGCAUCUCCCUACAGCCCAGACUGCACUUUGAUGGUAAAUACAUAGUGUGCAGUUCAGCACUAGGAUUAUACCAGUGGGACUUUGCCAGCUAUGAUAUUCUCAGGGUUAUCAAACCUCCAGACUUCUCAAAUGUGUCCUUGCUGGGCUUUGGAGAGAUAUUUGCUCUACUGUUUGACAACAGAUACCUGUAUAUAAUGGACUUGAGGACAGAAAAACUGAUAAGCCGCUGGCCUUUACCAGAAUAUAGAAAGUCAAAGAGAGGUUCAAGCUUUUUGGCUGGUGAAAUAUCUUGGUUAAAUGGACUAAAUGGCCAAAAUGAUACGGGCUUGGUUUUUGCCACCAGUAUGCCAGACCAUAGUAUCCACUUGGUGUUAUGGAAAGAACAUGGCUGAAAAGUUCACACAUACAGAAUCUUCCGGAACAUAUGGCCUAUCAGCAGUGUGUCCAUAAAACGAGACUUUGCAUGAACCAAAGUUGCACACCCAAUGGUAUCAUCAUGCAAUGCACAAUCAUUUACUUUUAUUUCGGCAUUUGGGAAUGGGUUGUUUUGGACAUAAUGCAAUGCAGCAUGCUAGCAGUAUUCACCACAAGUUUUUGUCUACAUUCAUGUUUAAAUAUACCUAUUUGGGCUCUGAAGUAUAGCUUGUAAUGUUUAAACUAUUCAAAUCUGCUAUCAAGUCUGAAAUUAAGUUGUGCUUGAGCUGACUUCUGACCUAUUUUUUGUUGCUGAAACAGAAGGUGAAGGUAGGCUUUUGUACAUGUAACAGCAAAUACUGGUUACAGUGCAUGGCUGCUUAACAAAAAAAGAGAAAAUAGCAAACCCUUUUUCUCUCCAGAA